AUGUAUGGUUCCAGCCCCUCACUAUGUCUUAAGGCAUGUGAGUGCGCAGCUAAGAUCUUGCUCCUGGAAAACCUCUCUGAUAAUGAUUUUUCUUGUGCUGAAGUCUUAGCAGGACUGAUCUCCAGACUUUUCCACUCAAGCUGCUCACGACUUCCUGCGGUGAAGUCUUGUAUAGAAAAAUUCUUCGCCAUGUUCUCUUCUGUCCAGAGGAAAAACCAGCUGGCAAUAAUGGCCGCUUUUCAUCUGCUAAUGUCACAAGUGCGCUCUGCUUCCGAAGACGAUUUUGUGCUUCACAUUGACAUAGUAGCGGCUCUGAACUUAAUAGUUGGUGCAACACAGUAUAGGCUUUUGAAAAACGCUCCUGACAGAGAGCAAGGUUCUGUGCAACCAGUUUUUCUACGUGAGCUACUUGAUUAUCAAAAGGAUCAUCCUGAUGAUGCCUGUGCUUCACUGUAUUGGCAGACUGCUGCAGCAUUGGAUCUGGACGAGUUUGAAGCAUCGGAGCUUCUUGAAGCGCAACGAAUCGUUCAAAUAAUUCUUGAUGUACGUCCUAUUUUCUUUCACUCUCAGAGAGUAGUUCCACAGUACCAUUAUUUCAUUUUACAUUUUCAUUAUAAGGGAAUCAAUAUACAGCAAGACGAGGAGAAAGGGAAGAGAGUAAAGGAUUCGUGA